GGUUAGACCUAGCAUAGCUUACGAAACCGUGUAUAUACGUAGGUGGUUUCUGUUGUUACACGAGUUGUAAUACGACCGAACGAGAUGCAAGAUGGUUGUUUUCGCGCGGACCUCCGCUACACUUUCUCACGAUUACCGUAAAAUCGGGAUAUCUUUGUAGCUCGUCGGGAGGGGGGAAUUCCCCUUGAGAAGACGAUACUGUAAAUCGGCAAGUUCGAGUUCACACAUGGCACGACCUCGCGGUAAUUGCGAAUCGGUGAGAAUAGGUGCAUCUGUCGGUCGUGCGUCGUGCGUCGUUCUCGUUUCGUAAUAGAAAUGACGUAUCCCGGACUAGUGCUUCUUAUCGGAGUUGGAAUUGGACUGGCGACUUUCCUCUACCAUGUCUUUACCGAGAGCAACCGGUUGGAGGAACAAGAACGGUACUCGAGGAACAGAAGACCGUCGAAUCACUACGAGGAUUGGACGGAGAGAUCGCAUCGAUCCGAAAAUGCGUUCUUGAAUAGAAGGAGCUCGUCCAAUUCAGAGGCAAGAGAUCUCGCGACUAGUAGAGAGGACGUAAACAAUUGUUCAAUCUGCCAAUACGCGUUAAACCAAAUGGAGGUGAUACAGUUGCGUCCUUGCAAACAUAACUUUCACAAGGAAUGCAUUAACGAAUUAAGAAAAUUCGAUCCUGGGGCCUCUUGCCCUAAUUGCAGAAGACAGAUCAGGCACGCGAUAUAAAUUGAGCACGCGUGUGUCCCACUACUCUGUUUGGAUCGUUUUGUACAAUCAUCACUAGCAAAUAUGGAUCGUCCUGCGAGCGCUCUACUUUAAUUGCACAAUGUCCAUUUAUUUUCUAUUUAAUUUGUCUUUGUUUUGUAUUCAAUAUCUAUCUAGAUUUCCGAGUUGCGCGUAAACAUUGCAUCGCAAUGUUUCUCUAUGAUACUUGUGCGAUAUAUAAGAUUUAAGAUGUUAGAUAUUGACAUUAAAGUUGAUUCAUCGAAAUAUCUCACAUAUUUAUUGCUCUCUCUCGCACUCUCUAUUUACUUGAUAGAUUUUUAGAGAAAGGAACGCGACGAUUCUUUGAAGAGAUUCUCGAGUAUAGUGAACGAUGCUCAAACUCUGUGUCAUCUGGUGGUUUCUGUUUGAUCGUUUCACGAAUUACCACCUCGUUAUACCAUUGUAUUUUAUGACGAAUGACGAGAUUUAUACGAGCACAACUAUAUCUUCCUCUCUUUUUAUAAUUUAAUUAUCUUUCAAAUUUGACAACUCAAGGUACAAGAGACGAGAGGGAGGGCUGUAGUAGCGUCGUAAGAAUAAUUAAUCUCGAUAUGCACGACCGUCUACCGAUCAGCACUCGUUCCGCUUUCCUUCUCGUUUGCUGUUAAUGGAUAUGAAUUUCUCCCUUCGUAACGCAACGUGUCAUACACGUACGCGCGACAGUGCGUGUUCCGUAACGUUUGUAAGUUUUCUAGUGAGUGGCAUGGAAAGCGUGGUAGUCCGCGCGCGCGCUUUACUCGGUUAUCCGAGACUCGAUAAGUCGCGUUUCGACUCGGUGGCUGCCCGAGAGCUGCCUCUGUCUCUCCGUUGUUCCGCGCGCUGACCGCGAGUAAGGAAUGCGGAAGUAGUGAGAAAUAACGCGGAUCGGUUGUCAUCGGUCGCGUUCCUCGUAUCAAAAUGUAUCGAUCGCGCAAACAUGACUGUUUUAUUGCUCGUCGUUAUGUUAAUCGUAACUCGUUCGGUCGCUGGAUCGCGCAUACCCGUGACCGAUGAGAAACGAGGUACGUAUCAUCUCGUUGUACAUAUUUAUACGGUGCUGUAUAAACUGCAAUUAUCUUUAA